AUGAAGUCUGGCCCCCUUCUGUCCGGAUUGGCGUACUGCAUCUCGUCUUGCAGCAUGAUACUCCUGAACAAAGUCAUCCUUUCGAGCUAUGGUUUCAACGCCGGAAUAUCUCUAAUGAUGUACCAGGUACGCACAUUUAUGUCAGGAAAUUCCCUUUAUUUGGGCAAGAACGGUCAUCGCACCUCGUGAGUGCUUCUUUGAUCUGGGUAUUCCUGCGUGAAAAAAAUAUUGUGGAAAUUCUUCAGAAUAUCGUCUGCGUCUUGGCUGUCCUAGCAAUGAGAUCGUUUGGAUUAGUUUAUACCGAGAAAUUCACUUGGAAGCUGGUCUGCAUCUGGAUCCCAGUUAAUCUGAUUUUCGUCGGAAUGCUCGCGACGAGCAUGUUCAGGUAAUAACCAAGUUCUCUGCUGGCCCGCGUGUUCCCCGCGCUUUUGAAAGAAUCUGUCCGAAUGUAAGAAAAGAUCAUCUGAAGAGAGUGGCCUUCAUCGUUUCCCAUUCCGCCUGUUCUCAUGUCUCAGCUUGAACUACAUGAACGUUGCGAUGGUAACGAUCUUGAAGAACACAACAAAUAUCCUGACCGCCAUUGGAGAGUUCUACCUUUUCAAGAAGAAACAAAAUGGCAGAGUUUGGGCUGCGCUAUUUUUAAUGGUGGGUGACGCGAGUCUUCCGUCUUCGGCCUCUUUGCUUUCAACGACUGUCAUAAACUAAUAAUAAAAAAGUCCUGCAUUUGCUCUUUACUGCUUUGAGUGAUCAUUUUCAUUCUGAUCCUAAUAUCUGUCCUCUAGCUCUCGUUGACGAAAACUCUCGUCAGCCUUUAUACGUCGUUUUCGCCUGUUGAAGGACUGGGACACCUAUUACAGAUUGUAUCAGCUGUGAGCGGCGGGAUUACCGAUCUCUCUUUCCAUGGCGUGGGUUACACUUGGCAGACGAUGAACUGCCUCCUCACAGCCAGCUAUUCGGUGCGCGGUCGGCAUCCCUGGUUUGCGUUGACUUCCCGAAGAAACUAUGCUGAUAUUCUAAUGCCGGUCUUCCUCUCGGUGAAGCUGGCCUUGCGCAGGGUCAUGGACACGGCGAAAAAGGCAACCAAAUCUGGGUCUCUCAAUGAAAUCUCAAUGGUCUUGCUGAAUAAUGCCCUCUCCAUACCUUUUACCCUUCUCCUGAUCCUCGUCUUCGACGAGUGGGAAUACGUGUACCAUGCGUAAGCUUUCCCAUCCUUCUCGCAGUCUAACCGGCUGUAUCUUCUUCUUGCAUCAUAACCACCGCUUAUUUUUAACCAAGAAAUAUAUACACAUAUAUGUAUACACACACGCUCUCAUUCGGCAUAUUUUUCCGUUCUCGGAUAAAUUCCUUGGUUGCAAGUGCAGUGAGGUCAUCCGUACGACAUCCUUUUGGGCGGCGGCAACGCUCAGUGGAUUACUCGGGCUCGGCAUCAGCUUUACCUCUAUGUGGUUCUUAAAACAGACCGGUCCCACGACUUACAGGUACAGCCUCUGAACUUUACUCUUAGAGAGAGAGAGAGAGAGAGGGAGAGAGAGAGAGAGGGAGAGAGAGAGAUUGCAUUGCACAGAAAAUAAUGCAUUCAUUGAUUAUAGCUUGCUGGAGUUGUGCUCAGAAGCUUUCCAUUACCCUCAUCGUUCGGAAAAUGGAGAUGAACGCUGUCUGUAGAAUUCCUCGGCCCCUUGUUAAGAACCAACUCACUUCAUGCUGUGACCAGUUUCUAUAUUAAUCAAUAUUUAUUCCCCUGGCAAGGGUCGGUCACAGACUUCGGAUUAGAGAGAAAUGUGAUGCUUCCGAUCUUGCUUGUGGUGAUCAUCUGAGAGGAGCUGCUAGACUUGUCUGACGCUCUGAUUUCCCCUGGCAUUGGUGGGUCCUUUGAAAGUUCAAAUCGGACCGGAGUUGUUAGAAUGGCAGCUCAAGAUCGUCUCCCUUGAUUCAAAUCUCUUGGGAGUUCUUCCUACCUUGAGUAUUUAUGAUAACUACGUGAAACCUUCUUGAACUUUGCAGUCUCGUGGGGUCCCUGAACAAGAUCCCGAUAUCGAUCGCCGGUUUAGUGUUGUUCGACGUUCCAGUCAGUCUUCCGAAUCUGUCCAGUAUACUCUUUGGUAAUUAUUUUCUCUCUCUUCAAGUUCCUCUGCGGCAUACUCUUUGAAGUGACGCCAUCUUGCUCAAGAUCUUCGUAUUUUAUCUCUCGCAGGUCUGUUUGCUGGGGUAUUUCUCGCUACGGCGAAAAUGGGAUGA